GAAAGAAUGCCGUCAGUUGUCUCCCAACUUGUGCUGCGAGAGGUUGACGCGUCCGCUCUCAGUCACCAGUUAGUCACCACCUGCGAGAAGAUUCAAGUGAACCAGGAGGAGAUCUAUUAGGGCAAAGCCAAAGGACUCUGCAUGCCACACACCCAUACAGCCAGCUCUAAACUAGCUGAGCUGAACUCUUCACUGUGAGAGGUCUUGACGCGUCCGCUCUUAGUCACCAAUCAGUUCCCACCUGCAAGGAGAUUCCAUUGAGCCAGGAGGAGAUCGAUCUAUUAGGGCAAAGCCAAAGGACUCUGCAAGCCACAAAGCCACAUAGCCAGCUCAGAGCUAGCCUGAACGCUUCGCUGGAUGUGCCGGAACCUUUGUUGCCAUUGCCGCGGAUUGGACACGCUGCUAGUCCUGGUGACGCAGCGACGCGAUCAGCCCGAUUUCAUGGCACUAAUGAUGUCGCGUCGCCCCCAACAACACCUAUUUGGACUUGUACAGAGGCAACUGCAACUGGCGUCAUCGAAUCCGUCACCGUUCCAACAGAAAACGCGCGUUUUACCUUUACCUUUACCUCAGCGUGUGUGCGUUUGCGCGAGUGUGUGUGCGUGUGUCUAAUUUGCGUCCAGAAAACACAAAACAAAAAUACAAGAAAAUAAUAUAUAAAUAGAAGGGGAAAAAUCAUUGAAACCAAAAUCGAGCGGGAGAGCUCCCUUCCUUAUCGCGGUCGCAAAUUGCAAGUAAAUCAAAUAAAUCACAGCGAACCAUCCCGAAUUGCAAUUAAUGCCAAAGCGCUUGCAUCUGGCCAUAAAAGAACGAAAUACGCCAACUGUCGAGUCAGUGAUUAGAACUUUGAAUUGCCAGCGAGAUGGACUUCCAGAGCGCCAUGGAGACCUUCGCCGAGGCCUGGGUGGCGGCCAACGCCGGCCAGCAGAGUCAGGCCUUGGCCUUAACCAGAGCUGCCAACGCGGCCGCCGUUGUGGCCGCCGCCAAUGCCAAGUCACCUGUGGCCUCCUCCGCCUCGGCUAGCCUGGCGGACUUGGCUGUCAAGAAGGAGCACUCUCUAUCCCCGCCCCAUAGCGUCGUGGGCGUGGGCGUGGCUGGUGGCGAGGAUCAGCACCGUCGCUCUUCGCUGCAGGGCGUGCAGGAGAAACUCACCCAGCUGCAGAUGCAACAGCAGCAGCAUCUUCACCAGCAGCAACAGCAGCAGCAGCUCCACCAUCACCAGCAGCAACAGGCGCAGCAGGGUUCCGCUGGCGGAGUAGGAGUAGGAGUCGGUGGAGAGGCAGCCGGUCGAAGGUCCAACGAAGGGACACCGCCCUCCUCCCAUCCCACGCACAACUCCGAGGGCCAGGCGCUAUCCUCCUCGACGGCCUCAUCUAGUCAGAAUGCCACGCCCAAGAGCGACCGCGAACGGGAGCGAGAGAGGGAGCGCGAGCGGGAGGAGCGUGUGGAGCGUGGCAGCAUCUCCUGCCUGCCACCUGCCGCCCUGGGCAUGGCCGUGGGCGUCCAGCAGGCCCAGCAGCAGGCGGAGAAGUUGCUCAGCCAUCCGGCCUUGGACUCGCGACGGGAGUUCGACGUCAGCAAAGUGAAUCCCAAAUCACUUCCACUCCACUGUGUGGUGGAGUCGGUGCACUCCCUGCACGCCUCCCUGACCAUCGACACGCGCCAGCCCUGGAAGCGGCGGCCCAACAUCGAGACGGACAGCUACGUGAUCAUUGCCGCGGCCACGCCCUGGAGCGAGAUCGUCCAGACGGCCCUCCAGAGGCUGGGUUACUCCCAGGAGGUGGCCAACACAGCCAGAGGCUCUUUAAUUAUCAAACACUGGAAGCCCAUUCCUUUAGAGCAGAUUUCUGAUAACCCGGCUGUGCCGGUCAGCGACAUUGUGGGCGAGCUGACUUCGGUGAUCACUCUGAGGAUCGUGAUCCUGCGGCCCAAGACAUCGCCCUUUGGCGAGAUCAAGGACAAGCUGCUCAAGCUACUGGUGCUGCAGUCGCAUGCGGUGCUCCGCUCCACCGGCUGUCCGCUGGAUGAGGUCACGCUCUCACAGAUCUGCCGGAGCUCGCACCAAAACACAUACGCUUUGCCUGGCGGCGAGAUCUCCGAUGAUCUUCGUCGCAAGUUCGACCAAUGGUGGUCCAACCAGCUCUCUCCCCAGGCAGCGGCCAUGGCGCCCAAGAUGCUGCCCUUUAUGACGGGUCCCUCGGCAGUGCCGGUUCCAGUUGCAGUUCCCGGUGAAAUGGACUUCCCGGUGGGCACGGCCAUGGCUGCGGCGGCAGCUGCUGCCGCCCAUGCUGCCGCUGCUGGCGGAGCAGCGGUUGGUGGCAAUCCCCUAGGAUCGAUGGGCAGUCGGGAGAGCCUGCUGUUAGCCAAUGAGGCUGCUCACCAUGCUGGCGCUGGACCGGCUCCAGGGGCUGGACAUCACGGCAGUAUGCUAGUGCACCCGAUGCAUGCGUCUAUGCAUCACCACCAUCAUCAUGGGGGAAGUGGUCAUGGGCCGCAGUAUCCCAACCAGAAGACUCGCAUGCGCACCAGCUUUGACCCGGAAAUGGAGCUGCCCAAGCUGCAGAAGUGGUUCGCCGAGAAUCCGCAUCCCUCGCGUCAGCAGAUUCAAACCUACGUGGUCCAGCUGAAUGCCUUGGAGUCACGGCGGGGUCGCAAGCCGCUGGAUGUGAACAAUGUGGUCUACUGGUUCAAGAAUGCCCGGGCAGCACAGAAGCGGGCUGAGAUGCGGGGCGGGAGUUUGGGGAGCGCCAUGAGUGCUCUGGGCCAUGCCGCCAUGAAUGGAUAUUUGAGCCAACACGCACCGCUGGGACAGAACUCCAGCAGCAGUGCCGGAAGCCAGCCAAUGAGCAUGGGUAACCUGUCCAUGUCGCACGACUAUCUAAAGAGUCCGCUCAGCCUCAAGUCCGAGGACAUAGACACCAUGUCCCAGCAUUCGGAUGACAUGGAAGACGAGCCGAGCAGGCCGAACACCCCGCAGCUGCCGCUCUCACUGACCACGCACGAGCGCCAUCGCAGCUCCCCGAUGAUGGACGAGGACGACGAAGAGGCAUCCGAGCAGCAGCAUCAACAGCAGCAGCAGCAGGAGGGCAAAAGCUCUGGCAGCGAUGGCAUGAACGGAAGCCUCAACGAGGAGGAGCGACAGGAAAAGUCAUCGCGGGAUGCCGAGCUACAGGACAACGAAAAGGAGAACUCUGGCACGGAGGAGCGCCACCAGGACAGCGAUCCCCAGAUAGAGACCGGCUCAAACCUCACCAAUAACAACAACCACAAUAACAGCUCGCACAACGAUCCGGAGGUGAGCUCUACGCCAAAACGCACCACACCCAAGGAGGAAGACGAUGACCUGGAUAUGGAUGAGGACGAAGAGGACAACGAGAACGAUGCCAGCCAUUUGGAUGAGUUCCGUUCGCCCUCGCCGGACAUGGCCGGUGGCGUGGUGCCGCACAAGGACCAGCUGCCCUUUCCCAUGGUGCCCAACUCGAUGUUCUCGCAGUCCUUUAUGUACAUGAGCCACUACAUCCCGGCCUUUGGCCAGGCGGCCGCCGGACAUCCGCAUCAUCAUGCCGCUGCUGCAGCGGCGGCAGUAGGAAUCCAGCCCAACGCCCUCAUGGGCGGCGGCGGUCUGAACCUGUCCAGCAUCUCAAACGAGGAGCGGCGAAAGCGGAACCGCACAUUCAUUGACCCGGUGACCGAGGUGCCCAAGCUGGAGCAGUGGUUCGCCAUGAACACGCAUCCCUCGCACAACCUGAUCCUUAAGUACACCGAGGAUCUGAACACGAUGCCAUAUAGGCAAAAGUUCCCGCGUUUGGAGAGCAAGAACGUGCAGUUCUGGUUCAAGAACCGCAGGGCCAAGUGCAAGCGCCUCAAGAUGUCGCUCUACGACAGCAAUCAGUGCGCCCAGCUGGGUGGCCUAGGAUCCUUUGUGCCCAAGUACGAGGAGCGGGACUAAAGGGAUCCGGAGUUUGAAAUCAAAAUUAGCAGCAUUUCUUCAUGUAAAUAGUUGGACGAAGAGGAGGAGACACACACACACCCCAAUUGAAGCAGCUUAAAACCACAGCUGCAGCUAUGAUGACAAAUACUAUACCCUAUACGAUAGCUGAUAAAUAUGUAAUCCCUAGUUUAGUCCACUCUAAGUAUUAUAGACCGAGAACUAACCCAGUUACGCGUUACCAGUUGCCAGAAGCCAGGAGCGUCUAGCGAAAAUUAGAGCAAAUAGAUAAAGCCACUUACGAGUAAUACGAUCUUGCAUGAGCAGCAGUAUGACUAACCUAUAGCUGCGACCUAGCCCUAUCCAGUAUACCCGCAUCUAUUUCUACCUAGUUCUAGCCAUCGAUAUAGAGGAGGGGCGACGGCGGCCCGUUAAGAAUAAGCAAACCAAAGAAAGCCAAUUUUCGAGAGUCGAUCUGCGAUCUGUAUAUAGAGUAUGUUAUCCUAGGUACGCCUUCUUUGAGCAUUGUGAAUUUGUUUCGGUUUUAGUUGCGCGUUCGUAUCUGCGGAUUAAGCUAGCGCCUAAGUUUGAGUUGUACGAGUACCAGUACUAGUUUAGUUUAGUUGUCCCGCCUUAUUUCGAUCCCAGUCCCAGCCUAGCACAUAUCCCCCUCGACCCCUGCACACGGAUACCGCAUAUAGAAUGUAUAACAUAUGAUUCGUUGGUAUCUAAUACCAACAACCCCCAAAAAGCUGAUACACCCAAUCGGCUUCGCUAUCCUUACACCCCCUUUUGAUUCAGACUUAAAAUAUACUACUGAAAUGAAAAUGUUUUUUAAAGAAAUUGUUCCAUUAGUUUCGUAAGCCUUCAGAUAGAGAAUACAAUUAAUUCAAAUAAUAUUGUAAUUUAUUGCAAGCAUCAAUACACAAAAGAAACAAAACAACACGAAAACAGACAUACAGCGAAACACAUCCACACAUCUUUAUAUAUAAUAUACAUAGAAAUAUAUUCCCCAGCAAUUAUUAAAUGAUUAAAUAAAUA